CAACAUGGCGGGCAGUGAGUGCCGGCGCAGACGACGCUCUCCGUGAUUUUCGGUGUAAACCUCACUUGUCAGGAGCGGUGACACCAUGUUUCACGUGACGUAGGCACUCGUGAGUGUCGAGUAGUGUCACUCGGGCAGGUGCAGCGCUCCCCCGGCACUCUUGAGUGGAUAUAACCGCUCAAAAUGCGCUAGUUGACGGGGCCAGACCUCGUCACCACCACCUACAGGGAGUCCUUGCCUCUCCGAGCUGCGGGAAUUAGCAUGACAAUGUCGCAUGACGUCAUCGAAACAUCGCCUGGCAAAUGUGUGGUGGACGAUGACGGGGACGAGAAGGAUGACGUCAAAAGGAAGUCCCGCAACCUGUCGGAGAAGAAGCGGAGGGACCAGUUCAACCUGCUCAUCGGGGAGCUCUCCGGCAUGGUCGCCUCCAACACCCGCAAGAUGGACAAGUCCACCGUCCUCAAGGCCACCAUCGCCUUCCUCAAGAACCAGAAAGAGAUCUCUGUGAGGUGUCAGAACCAGGAGGUGAGGGAGGACUGGAAACCUUCCUUUCUCUCUAAUGAGGAGUUCACCCACCUUAUGCUCGAGGCUCUGGACGGCUUCAUCAUGACUGUCUCUUGUUCCGGCCGGGUCCUCUACACCUCCGAGUCCAUCACUCCUCUCUUAGGACAUUUACCUAGUAACCUGUGUGGGCUGCCGAUGUAUGACCUCCUGCUGGAGGAGGAGAGGGGAGACAUGAAACGCUUCCUCUCCAAUCCUGCCCUGGCACCCAACCCAACCACCUGGUUCCAAGAUACCAAAGAAAAAUAUACAGUUGCAAUACACCUGAAGCGUGGAUCAGUGCACACUUCAGAGAGCUCACAUUAUGAGCGAGUUCAUUUAACAGGGUAUUUUGAGCGAUACAACUGUCCAAGUGAAGAUGGAGUGCUGGACUUUAGCUGUAGUGAAGCUGAGGACUCUGUAUCCCUCAGCAGCUGUAGUCGAAGCUGUGGCGGAGGCUUGUUUCAGAGCUCCCUUAUCCACCCUCAGAUGACUCAGGAAACCACAAAAUUAGUCUUUGUGGCAAUAGCAAGAAUGGAGAGACCUCAGCUUGUACGAGAAAUGAUGAUCAUUGAACCAGCUAAGACCGAAUUUACAUCAAGACACAGCCUCGAGUGGAAAUUCCUUUUUCUCGACCAUAGAGCACCAACAAUCAUUGGUUACAUGCCAUUUGAAGUGUUGGGAACUUCUGGAUAUGACUACUAUCAUGUUGACGACUUAGACAAAAUUGCAGCUUGUCAUGAACAAUUGAUGAAGACUGGCAAAGGGACUUCAUGUUACUACCGUUUCCUGACCAAAGGGCAGCAGUGGAUCUGGCUACAAACUCAGUAUUACAUCACGUACCACCAGUGGAACUCCAAGCCAGAAUUUAUUGUGUGCACCAAUACUGUUGUGAGCUACAAUGAUGUGAAAGCUGAGCUGUCUCAAGAGGAAAUUGCAGAUGAAUGUCAGUCUGAAGUUGAAAGUCACCAACCUGAGGGUAGCAUAGUUUUUGACAACAUUGGAGGUUCUGGUGCGGGCCCAUCAGGGCUCUCAGUUAUGGUGGAAGAUCUUGUACAACAGCUGCCAGACAAAAAGCCUGUUAUACAGCCAAGUAGAACAUCCCCAGCUGGCCCUUCACAUCUCCAGGCACAACACCUUCAACAACUUCCACAACAAAUGCAACAAACUCAACAACACACUGAACAGCAGACACAACAGCAACAACAACAUUCAAUUCAGCAACAGCAGCAGUUACCACAACAGCAAACUAUUCAGCAACAACAGCAGCAGCAGCUACAGCUUCAGGAACAACAACUCCAACAACAAGAGGAGCAUCAGAACCAGCAACAGCUGCAUCAACAGCAGCAGCAGCAGCAGCAGCAGCUGCCACCACAUAAACAGCCACAAUCACAAAAUCUUUAUUUACAUCAUUGCAUAACAGUUCAAUCACAAUCCUCUCAACUACCCCCUCCUCUAUCCCAACCACCAUCAGCGUCCCACUCACCAAAUACCACAACUACUCAGCAAGUUCGACAACAACAACAACCACCACCACCACCACCCCAGCAAAUAGUUGGACUUCCAGAAGGAGCAGUAGUUGAGAUGCAGGACACUGAGACUGUGGCACAGCAGUCUAUGGCUGCAGUGUCUCCUAGUAGUCAACACUCCGUGUACCUGUCUCCACAGACUCCACAACAUCUCACAUCAAGAGGAGAACCACCGCCUUGGCCUUCUAAAGCUCGAUCAGAUGAUGGAACUACAGAGACAACUCCAUUCGUUAAGCUAAAAGUUCCUGCUAAGAGCUGGGGGCACUUCAGCAGAACUAGUCCCAGAAAAGAGUCUAGUCAAUACAAUGGUGGCAGUAGUUUGAAUGAAGGCGGAUCAAGUAGUAAACGAGCACGAUUGCAAGAUGUGAUGCACCAACAGCAACAAGACCAGCCACCAUCACAGCUAAUAUUAGAUGAUGUUGCCCCUCCGCCUUCUCCGUGUUCUGAUGCUUCUCUCAACUCUCAUGUUUCCCUUGGGUCCAUACACAAGGAAAGCAACUUGCACUUUGGUUCAAAAUCUGCUAAUAAGGAGAGAUACUACCGCAAGAUAGAAUUCCCUCCCGAGCUGUCACGGUCAAUAUCAUCUUCACGGCUCUCAGGAUCAUGCGAAGAAGAGAAGAAAGAGGACCAGUUCCUUCACAUGAUGGUUAUGUCUCCUUCGGGUAGUGCCAGUUCACAUACCUCAGGUGGUGGUUUUGGAAUGGAGCCACAGUACAUUGGAAGUAUUGGAAGUAGUGGUGGUGGGACACACACUAUGACUGUUACUGGAGGAGGAGGAGCAGCAGCAGUGGGCAACACAGCAACCCAAGUGGUGCAGGUUGCUGCCGUUCCCUUCUCACCUGUCAUUCCCCUCAACCCAGUGGUGACAAACUUGUCAGUACAGCUGCCAGCUGUGCCUACAACAGAGGGUCUUCGGCAGUCUUUGAUAUUAAGUCCUGAUCAGAGACAACUACAAGAUCAACUAAGAAGAAAACAUGCAGAGUUACAACAGCAAAUUUUACGACAACAGGAAGAGCUACGACAAGUUAAUGAUCAACUCAUCAUGGCUCAGUAUGGCAGCUUAAGUUUACAACAUGUCUAUAAGGGUGGACUGCAGUACACCACCACAAGCUCUGUUGGCACUACUGGUGGGUUCCAUAGUAGUAUAGCAGUAGGGCCCAGCGUUGGGGGAGUAUUAGGAAUGGGUACUGCGGGCAUUCCAGUAUCUGCAUCACUUCAUCCAGUCACUGGAGCAGUGUCUCUGGCCACUGGUACUCUGGCAGCUGCAACUUCAUCUAUUGUUCAACCAGUUGCCAUGACAUCACCAGCCUCACUUCAGUCACCGACAAUCACUGUAUCUACUCUGAACCCUGCACAAGUGAGUGUUGAAAGUGUGAGCACUCAGGGGCUGGCUGUGCCCUAUCAGUUGUCCAACCAACAUGCUCAAAUGCUGUUUGCUCAACCUGGAGGCACUGGCCAGGCUCACAGUCAGUCCCAGCAGCACCAGUCUAAGAAGUAACACCGCUGCUGCUGCUGCUGCUGUUGCCGUCUUGUCACCAGCCUCCGUCCUCCACUUUCACCACAGAUGACGUUGACAACAAACCUGAAGCCAAAGUCAAAAUUUCUGCCAUUAGAUUUAAAGGUCAUCUCAAGUCAUAGGUCAUAUUUCCAAGUUAAAUAACACUUCCUCACAAAGCUAAGGUAUUUAUAUACAAUUUAGUGGCUUUUAAAUCAGGUGUAUUAUAACACUUCAUGACCAUCAUAGUUUUAUUUGUAAACUACUUUUGCAGUUGGUUUAUCAUCACUGUAGUCUUAAAUUUGUUCACUGGUCAUAUUCACUAGUACCUGUACUGUUAACAUCUCCCAGAAUGCCCUUUAGUUCAACCAAAUUCACCUUAGUUUUUUCUAUCCCAAUUAUGUUGAUUUUGCCACUCGUGAAAGGAAUAGCGAAUAGGGAAAAUUGGAAUAGCUUCCAAACAUAGUAUCUACAGGUUGUGGUCAGAUACAAUUUACCUCAUAUUUUCAGGGUAAUCUAGAAAACUGUAGCUGAGUGAUAAGCAUUAGACAGUGCAGGAAGUAAGAGAUGUGAGGUGAAUGUGUUACCAAUAUACAGUACUUAGUUCUGUGAAAUAUUGAUGCCAACCAAGUCUUAUAAUGGAAAUAUAAUAGUUAUUCCCAGUGUUUUAUCUUGCAAAUGUACCUAAUGUACACAAUUUGAGGUGUCGGUUUAGAAUGUGAUCAGUGACCAUGAAUGUACCGGUGUAAAUACUCUGACAAUAUAUUAUUUUUGUAUCUAAUAAAAGUUAUAUAAAUAU